AUGGAUACGGAAUCAAUUUAUGAUGCUAUUAAACAUGAUAGUGGUCAGAUUGGUAAUGAAGCGAUUUCUGUUAGUAUUUUAUCAAUGAUUGAUACUGUCGGUCGUUCUUUGAAUCAUCUUGAUCAAUCAUUUAUGUAUACACAAUUAGUUAAAGAGAUAUUACUUGAAAUGGAAUAUGAUUAUACAUCAAAAAGUAAAUUUAUUGAAUUUAGUUGUAUUCGAUAUUCUGAUAAUGAUUUUCAAUUGGGUUUAAUGAAUGAAUUUAAUGAAAAUCAUAAUCGUGAAUCAGCUAUUUAG